CUUUGUUGGUUGGCUGCAGUGAAGAUGGCGGCGUCAGGGAGGAGUACAUUAUUAUCCUCCAACAACAGUGGACUAAACAGCACAGCCGAACAACCAAACACUGAAGACGAAGAUGGACAGGAUUUAUGGUCUGCUAUUCUGAGCGAAGUAUCGACUCACUCCAGAUCUAAACUACCGUCCGGGAAAAAUGUGCUGGUCAUGGGGGAGGUGGGUUCGGGGAAGACCACCCUGGUUGCUAAACUACAGGGUGUGGAGGACUUCCUGAAGGGGCGUGGCCUGGAAUACCUCUACUUUAGUGUCCAUGACGACGACAUUGACGACCAAACCAGGUGUAAUGCCUGGGUGUUAGAUGGGGAUCUGUACCAUAAAGGUCUGCAGUCUGUUGCUGUGCAACGAGAGGCGCUUGGUGACUCGUUGCUAUUGAUUACUGUGGACCUGUCGCGGCCGUGGGUCGCCAUGGAAUCGCUUCAGAAGUGGGCGGCUGUCGCUAGGGAACAUAUCGACAAGCUCCGGGUCCCCCCGGAAACACUGAGGGAGCUGGAGAACAGAAUGGCAAGACAGUUCCAGGAGUAUGUGGAUCCUGGCUGGGAGGAGAGCGCCCCCCAGAGGAGGAGUGAAGAGGAGGAGAACGUUCUGCUGCCGCUCGGCGAAAACACUCUCACACACAACCUGGGACUACCCAUGGUGGUGGUCUGCACUAAGUGCGAUGCCAUCAGUACGUUGGAGAAGGAGUAUGACUACAAAGACGAACACCUGGACUUCAUCCAGUCAUACAUCAGACGCUUCUGUCUACAGUACGGGGCAUCUCUGCUGUAUACGUCGGUUAAGGAAAUGAAGAAUGUGGAUCUUCUCUAUAAAUACCUGGUUCACAGACUUUACGGUUUCCCCUUCCACUACCCUGCUCAACUGGUGGAGAAAGACACAGUCUUCAUUCCGUCAGGGUGGGAUAAUGAAAAUAAGAUAUCUAUCCUCCAUGAGAACUUCCAAACGCUGAAACUAGACGACAUCUUUGAGGAGGUCAUCGUCAAACCGCCUGUCAGAAAGUUUGUUCAUGAGAAGGAGAUUCAGGCUGAAGAUGACCAGGUGUUUCUCCUCAAACUGCAGUCGCUGCUCUCCAAACAACCUCCUGCAUCUGCCGGACGACCAGGGGAGUCCAGCAGUAGUAGAGGUCCCAGUGGUUCUCCCAGGACCAGUAAUCGUUCAGCUGCAGCCAACGUAGCUAACACCAUGCCCCAAUCAGCAGGUCAGACCAGUGAGGGGGUGCUGGCUAACUUCUUCAACAGUCUUCUGACCAAGAAGGCCGGAGCAUCGCCGCCGGGCAACAGCACACCAGGGACUGUUCGCAAGUCAGGUUCUAAGCUGGGUCUGAGUGAUGUCCAGGCAGAGUUGGACAGGAUCAGCUGCAGAGAGAAUGAUGAGACCAACAACAGCAACACUAACAACCCUAACCCCAGUACUGAGACCAACGAAGAACAGACAUGAACAGACCACCUCCGUCCCCCCCCCCCCCCCCCCCCCCCCCCCCCCCCCAGACCAUACGUGAAGAGAACAAACCUCACCCUCCAACCCCCAGACAUACCCCAGACCACAUGAAAAAUCCACCUCCCCUACCUUACCCCCUCCUCACACCCUCAGGCCAUACAUGAAGAGACCAGACCUCAUCCUCCUCCCAUUCUCACCUCUCCUGACCUCACCCCCCAGUGAGACCACCACAUACCAGACAUGAAGACACGUCAGCCCUACCUCAUUCCCCGGACCAUACAUGGAGACCAGACCUCACCCCAACAGGCCAGAACAGAUUAGAUAUGAAGACCUUCUUCAGGACGGAGAGGUAUGGGGAUGGAGAGGGAGGGAGGAGGAAGAAGAGAGGGAGAGUGGGAGCAGGAGAGAGAUGGACAGGUAUGGGGAGAGAGGGAGCAGGAGGCAGUGAGUAUGGGAAUG